AUGUCUACUCACUUGAGCAAUAUUAAGUCUCCAGUCCCUGCUAUUACCACUCAAUUGGCAAAACAGUGGCCUGAUGAUGUUCUUCCCCCAGAGGCAACAUAUCCAUCACGAGAAGCCCUCCUUGCAGAUAUCGACAAGUGGGCAAAGGCUCGAGGAUAUGCCUUCGUAACGAGGCGUACGAAUCGUACGGCAAAUGGAAGACUGCUCAUACACUUCAGCUGUGACCGCGGCGGAGGGAUAUAUGUACCAAUUCCUGAUUCUAAGAGGAAGAGGAAGCGUACUACUCAACGCACAAUGUGCGAGCUCUCUGUAAUAGGAAAAGAGAGCCUYUGUGGGAGUAAAUGGAGUCUUCGACAUCGCCCUGAUCCUCGCCAUCAUGAGCACAAUCAUGAGCCUACUGUUGGAGAUGGCAUUGCACAUACAACUCACCGAAAGCUUGCUGAUGAAGAUGUCCUCAUGGUCAAGAAGCUCACCCUUGCUGGCGUUGAGCAACGCCAAACUAAGACCUACCUACUGCAGAAUACAGAUGCAAUGUUCAUUGACUCGGAUCUCGCGAACUGUAUCACUCGAGCAAAGCAAGACSUUGCCAAUGGACAGAGCCACAUGGUUGCCCUGCUUCAACAUCUCRAAUCACAGGGCUUCUGGAGUCGUUACCUUAUUGGAGAAGACUCUCGACUGCAGUCAGUUAUGUUUGCUCAUSCAGGGUCAGUCGAAUUCGCUAGAUCAUACCCUGAAGUACUCAUAGUUGACUGUACCUACAAGACCAACAAGUACAGGAUGCCUCUCUUCGAUAUGGUUGGUGUUGAUGCCACAGGAAGCACCUUCUGUAUUGCAUUUGCAUAUCUCAGWGGCGAGGAAGAGGAGGACUUCGCCUGGGCUCUUGGGGCGUUGCGAUAUUUGUAUGAUGCCAACGAUAUUCCUCAUCCUUCAGUUGUACUGACUGAUAGAUGUCUUGCUUGUAUGAAUGCCAUUGUAUCCCUUCUCUGCUUUCCGGCAGCAAAGGUUAUACUCUGCCUUUGGCAUWUCAACAGAGCAGUCCUUGCCUUCUGUAUGAGUGGCUUCAUGAAGGAUAAGAACGAUGAAAAGGGACAAGAGGCGUGGAACGAGUUCAACGACAGUUGGCAGAAGCUUAUAGCCUCAAAGUCUCCGGCCAUCUAUGAUGAGAGACUAAAGGCUUUCCUGCUUCAGUACACUCGUUCACAGCCGAGGGAGGUAGACUACCUUCUCACAACCUGGCUGAACCCCCAUAAAGGGAAGUUUGUUAAGGCGUUUGUAAAUGAGUAUCUACAUCUGAACCAAUUCGUUACGUCCCGAGUAGAAGGCUUUCCAAAUCAUCAAGCUGGUGAUCGUAAACCAGCUAGCUUCCCUGAAAUCUGCACAGGCUCAUGA